CUGCUAUCACUUCGAUGAAGUCAGAUUGGACCGCAUCACUCUGAAAUCUUUCUGUCAUUUAGCCAACGCCUGCGGACUGUGAUCUCCCGCUUCAGUUUGUUUACCAUCUAGUCGCUGCUGGAGUCCUGUCCAACCAUUUGAUCCAAUCCGCCGAUGUUCCCCCACUUACUUACGCUUUGAAAAGUCCCUGCGUCUGGUGUGGGCAGUUCCAGGCUCCCACUUCCUGCAUCUUGCUCCGACACUUUCUCACUGAGACGCAGGGCAACACAAGACCUGCAGAGAAGCAGAGUCAUCGGCACCGGGCCCCGGGAGCGGGAGACUGACGGAAUACCCGGGAGCAGACAAUGAUCAGGAAAUCUGUCUUCCUCCUGUCUCUUCUCCAAGGGGUGCUGUCGGAAUGGUCUCUGAGGGCUCUGCCCCAACGGGCCAUCAGCAGGUCUUGUGUGGUCAUCCCCUGCACCUUUGACUUCCCUUCACACCCUCACACCGCCAUCCAUGGAGCCUGGUUCAAGUACUGGUAUUACUGGAAGUACACCGUGUAUUACUCCAAAGACCCCAACUACGCGAUGUCCAACUUCAAGGGGAGAGCCAAAAUCAUUGGAAAUCUGGGAAAGAAGGACUGCUCUCUGAGGAUCGAUAACGUCAGACCCGAGGACAGCGAUGUUUACUACUUCUACGUGGAACUGGACGGGUUCACGACUCACAGCUACACCUCACCCAUCCAACUCCAGGUUCUAGAGGUUCCUGACAGACCGGAGAUUUUACUCCCGGGAAAUCUAACAGAAGGUACCCCGGUGACUAUCGUCUGCAAGGCCAUCUACACCUGCCCCGAGAACCGUCCCUCUCUAACCUGGAGUGAGCUGCCCAACUCGACUGUCAACGUGUUUGCGGAGAACUCGAGCGGGGAGAUCUCCUCCGUACUGGCGUUUACUCCGUCCUUCGUCCACCACAGUGGAACCGUUCGCUGUACGGUGGACUAUUCUGGAACUAGUCAUCGACUGGAGAACUCUGUUACUCUGAACGUGACAUAUUCCCCCAAGAAGACCGUGGUACAAUGGACCUUGAACAAGGAUAACGGGAUCUCCUUGAGUUGUUCAAGUGAAGCCAACCCCAACGUCACCCAUUUCUCCUGGUUCAAGACCUCCGGCGGAGCAGAGACUGAGCUGAGGCAAUACGGUGACACCAUUACUGUAGCCUGUGGGUCCGAGGAGGAAGCCGUCUCGUUCUAUUGCAGGGCAACCAAUGCUGUGGGAAGCUCACGGUCUCCGUCCGUUCGAAUCCCAAAUCAACGUGAAGCAGCCAUUCUGCCCUCCUCGCAGUGCACCAGAUACCCCACCAAUGUGACCUGCCACUGCAUGGUGCAAUCCUGCUUCCCGGUUAACGUGAGCUGGGGGUUCCUGGGCCGGACGGUGCAGAACUCGGAGACCGAGGGGGGCUACCUGACGCAGUGUGUCCGCGCUGGGAUCCUGGUGACUAACACGCUGACCAUCCGCGGAGACAACCUGACGUUGGAGACGGUGAGCUGCUCAGUGGCGAACCCCAGAGGGCUGCCUCCCUCGCAGAUGAAGUUGGAGGUCGUGGCGGACGACGGGCAGGGACACGGUGCCUCCUCCCCAGUCGAAGAGCCAGCUGCCGAGGUGGCUCGCUACACUUGUGCGCCCCAGGUUGUUGUUCUGUGA